AAAAAAGCUUGCCCGACGUCAUCAACAGCGCGACGCAGCGUGCAAGUCAGUGAAGGACGCAGGCAAGAGGACCGGGAUGAAAUAACUUAAAAAACAGAGCCUUGUGAAAAGGGCAUCAACAUGGCGCUGUCCUGUCUCACCCGGGCCCUGCGCUCCCUGACCCUCUCCCAGCCUGCUCUGCUCCCCUCACAGGCGGUGGUGCAGACGAAGCUGAGACCUCGGGCCGUCUCCGGCGCCCAGCUGGCUCCUGUAUCUGCCCUCAGUGCAGUCACACCGUGCAGAGGCUUCGUCACAACACCGGCUCUACAGCAGAACCGCACGCUGUGGAAGCAGAGGGACAAGUACACUGUCCGGCCCAUAGGAAUGAAAAAGACAGGAGGCAGGGAUCACUCAGGGAGGAUACGGACACAUGGCAUCGGCGGCGGCCACAAACAGAGAUACCGCUGGGUCGACUUCCAGCGGCUUCGCUAUGAAACUGGCAAAGAUGACCAGCCCUUUGCGGAGAAGGUCGUCCAAGUCCGAUACGACCCAUGCAGGUCUGCAGAUAUCGCCCUGGUCGCCGGUGGCAACAGAAAGCGAUGGAUCAUCGCUACAGAGAGCAUGCAGCCUGGAAACAUCAUAAAAACGUCUGGAGUUAUCGGACGCAUGGCAGUCUCAGCCAAUGAGGGCGAUGCCUACCCACUCGGAGCUCUUCCUGUGGGCACGCUGGUCAACAACCUGGAGAUCCUCCCAGGGAAGGGAGCAGAAUACAUUCGUGCUGCUGGCACAAGUGGCGUACUGCUCCGUAAAGUAAACGGAACCGCAAUCGUUCAGCUCCCUUCAAAGCAGCAAGUUCAGGUACUGGAGACCUGCAUGGUGACAGUGGGUCGCGUUUCCAAUAUCGACCACAAUAAACGGAUCAUCGGCAAAGCCGGUCGCAACCGCUGGCUCGGCAUUCGGCCGUCAAGCGGCUUGUGGAAGAGGAAGGGCGGCUGGGCAGGACGCAAGAUCAAACCCUUGCCGCCGAUGAAGAGUUACGUCAACCUGCCCUCUGUCUCCGCCAACUAACACAAACAUGGACAAGUUGAUUAUUUUGGACUCUCUGAGAUUGUCUUGUUCUCGCUGGAGAGAUCUAACAACUUGAGUCUGUUUUCUGAAAAGCCGGCUCAUGUCUUGUAUUAUUGCUUUGAUCAUUACAUUUGUGUCUACAUCAAAAUAAAAUGUCAUUUUCCAAAAGA